AAGGAGGCCAUGAAGCCUCCAAAAGCGUGAAUACAAUUGAAUUAACCAUCUCCUUCGUCCUUUUCUCCAUCCCCACUUUUUCUUUAUUCCAACAACGAUGGCUACCAAAAGAUUCCCCCGGACUGUCAUUGCCUUGUGUAUUUAGCUUAAUUCAAUCAAGGCAAGGCAAGACAUCAUCCUGCGAAUUACAUCCACAAUGGCUAAGGAGCUCCUUCUUCUGCUCAUAUUCCUAGUGCUGACACUCGGCCUACCGAGCCCAGGUGCAGCCCAGUUAAGGUACAACUACUAUGCUUCUACCUGUCCCAACGUCGAGAACAUUGUCCGGAACGCCGUCGCCGCCAAGUUCCGGCAGACGUUCGUCACCGUGCCGGCGACGGUCAGGCUCUUCUUCCAUGACUGCUUCGUUCAGGGCUGUGAUGCAUCUAUAAUAAUCGCGUCGACUCCGAGCAACCGGGCUGAGAAGGACAACCCGGACAACUUGUCACUGGCCGGAGAUGGAUUCGACACGGUGAUGAAGGCCAAGGCGGCCGUGGAUGCGGACCCAAAAUGUAGGAAUAUGGUCUCUUGUGCUGACAUUCUGGCCUUGGCGACCAGAGAUGCCAUUGCUCUGGCCGGAGGACCGUCUUAUGCCGUGGAAUUGGGAAGGAAGGAUGGCCUGAGUUCGACGGCGCAAAGUGUCGCCGGAAAACUUCCUCAACCGACCUUCAGCUUGGAUCAACUCAACUCCCUGUUUGCUUCCCAUGGUCUCACUCAGACAGACCUGAUCGCACUCUCAGGGGCUCAUACGGUCGGAUUUUCUCACUGCAACCGGUUCUCUAGCCGGAUAUACAAACCCAACAAUGGAGUGGAUCCCUCCAUGAACCGGACCUACGCAGCCCAGCUCCGGGGUAUGUGCCCCACGAAUGUGGAUCCAACAAUUGCCAUCAACAUGGACCCUGAAACUCCCAAGUCCUUUGACAAUGCCUACUUCCAGAACUUGCAGAGAGGCAUGGGACUCUUCACUUCCGACCAAUCCCUCUUCGCCGACCGCCGGUCUCGGCCUACUGUCAAUACAUUUGCCGGAAACAAGUUCGCGUUCGAGCGGGCAUUUGUUACUGCAAUCACCAAACUAGGCCGGGUCGGCGUGAAGACCGGGCAGCAGGGAAACAUACGCCGCGACUGCAGCAUGUUCAAUUAGGAAUCAAGAGCAUAUAUGACACUGUAUCGAUGCUUGAUUAUUCACUUCUUGCUGUUCUCCUUUUUAAUAUCAGGUUGCACUUGUGAGACUUGUAUCAAUGAGAUCAUGUCGGAAGACUGAACUUAUAAUCAAGUUCUUUUAUUUAGAGAAACUUAAAGUCAA